UUACUAGGUUUGUUUUCUCUUUCAUUUGUACCUGAUGGUGAUUGCUUGUGUUGCAAUCGAAACGUCGUAUGCUAUUUAAUUGAUUUUUCUUUCUACGUGACUUUACCGAAAGAACCAAAGUAAUCCAAUGUUGAUCAUUUCCCACAGAUUACCACACAAUGAACCUUAAAUAGUUUCAUCCACUUGAUCCAUCUGCUUUCGACAAAACUCACCAUUGUUGACUGAGCUUUUCUUGGUUAGCAGGUAGUUUCAUUUACAAGACACCAUUAUAUUGUCUAAGCUACGCGAUCACUCAAUUAGAGAUGGCUGGGUGGUUCAUGGGUCGGAGACAUUGUCUUGGCACUGCUGAGAUUCUGGAUUCAAUUCCGAUUAAACCAUGUUCUGAAAUGUAGUUAGUUGGCCUCAGCCCAUUCACCAAUUGCCCUUAAGUGGUCCUUAGCCUUUACUGCAGCCUGAUUCUCAAUUGUAAAAAAUAUAAAAUGUUAAUAAAUACAUAGGUUCGAUUAAACAAUGUAGGUGUACUUGCGUGCCUGUGCUUAGUUUGUGUUUUCGAUUAUUUACCUUCUAAGAAAUAUGGCCAUGUCUCGCACCCCCAAAAAGGGAAUCUUGCACCCCCAGGGGGUGCGUGCACCCCAGGUUAAGAACCACUGAAUUACCCCUUUAAAAAACUCAUCAUACUCGAGUUUGCUUUUUAUAAAAUGUGGCUUAUUCCAUCUCUUUGCAGGGCAUUUAAAAGGGGACACCAUUAGUGUGGUUAGAGGUACCUACAGAAAGUACCGCGUGAAUCGUGUAAUUUUCUGGGGCUUUUCCAUUCGGAAAUGUAAUCUUGUGACAUGAUACUAUUAGCACAUGGAAUAUAAUUUCGAAACGAACCUUAAAACGCCUGAACAGUUUUUUGGAGAUACAUUUCGCAUCAUGGCCAGACAGGGAUGAACAAAUUGAUACUGAAUGUAACAUUUCCAACACUGGCCCAAUAUAUUGUGUGCAGUAAGCACGGUAAAAUCUGAGUUUCUUUUUGUAGAAACGUGAUUUCAAGGCAACAGAAGCAGGAGCAUGUCAAACUUCAGUGUGAUUCACAGGGACAAAAGGAACGACCCACUGCACAUCCCUAUCAGGAUGGCAUGCAUGGUGGCUGCCCCGGUGCUGGAGCCGAGCGGGGACUUCCCGGCAUGGCUGGAGACGCAGGGUGUGAACGCGGAGGUGGCCCGGGCCAUGGACUCCGAGCUGGGCAUCCGGGACUACGGGGUCCUGCGCGCCUGCGUCGGGGACGGCCUCGUGCGGGCCGAGCUGCUGGCCACGGCGCGCGACCGCCUGCCCUUUGGCUUCUACGCCGUGCUGCGGCAGGUGGUGAAGGCCCUGCAGGGCACCGAGCCCCAUGAUGCUGGGACGUCACAUUGGGACGCUGCUGCUGCUGCUGCUGCUACCGCCACCAUUGCCACCUCCUCUGCCGGCGACGUGACGCUGGGAGGCCUGGUGGACGUGCUGCUCGCGCUGUUUAGCGGCUUGAGCCGGGAGUUGUUGGUUUGUGCGAAGAAACUGGGUGUUGUGGACAGUGGGAAUGUUACAGUGACUUCCCAUUCAGCCACAGAUGAUACUAGCCCUAACAACAUGAUGAAUGACGUGGAUCACCACGUGGAAUAUGAAGAGGCAGGGGAGACCACAAUCCAAGAUAUGGAGGAUUCCAGUCCCAACUUAACAAUGAAAGAAGUUAAAAAUGAGCCUUAUGGAGACAAUGAGACGGAGACUCAAUAUCCAGAAGCGGGCGACUUUAUUCACAGUCACUCGGUGCCCGACUUAAAGAGAGAAAAGAUCGGAGAUGAACCCUUGGUCGGAGCUCACGAAGGGAUUUCCGUCCAACAUUUGGCCUCUGUGCAGGGUGAUGCUGACAUUUCUGCUAUAUCGCCAGGCAUCAAUCACACACUCCAUCCUCUUGCCGAGGUCGCUGGCAUCCAUAACUCGGUGCCAGACGUUCCUUCGAACGCCGGGCACGGGCCAUCCGCUGCAGGGCCACCUGCCCCUGGACGGAUGCCAUUCAUCUGCAGGUUGUGCGGCCGCAACUACGCGCGUGCCAGCAUCCUCCGCCACCACCGCUGCCCACGCUGGCGGCAUCGACUCGGUGACGCACGGCUCGAGCGGCCUCCCGCGGUGCUACCACCGCAGACAGACCUGCUCGGGCACGCCAAAGACAAGCCGUUCUCGUGCGACGCGUGCGGCAAGCGCUUCUCGAGCAACUCGAACUUGUGCAGCCACAGGCGCGUGCACACGGGCGAGAAGCCGUACCGCUGCCCGGUGUGCGACAAGUCGUUCUCGCAGAGCGGCACGCUGAAGAACCACAUGAACACCCACAUGGGCGAGAAGCCACACCGGUGCGACGUGUGCGACAAGCGCUUCACGCGCGUCUCUAACCUCAACGUGCAUCGGCGCGUGCACACGGGCGAGAGGCCGUACUGCUGCACGACGUGCGGGGAGGGCUUCUCGCAGGGCGCCAAGCUGAAGGCGCACAUGCUGACACACGGCACGGUGGGGUCGUCGGGAUCGGGGUCGGAGAGUGGAGUGGCUGCUGAGACUUGAGGCCAGGGCACCUUGCAGCGCUUCGGUGUGAACAGCAUGGGCUGUGUUGGGAAGACUCGCACUUGAAGAUGCGUGAAUGAGAGUGCUGAGGGUUAAUAAGGCUUAAAGUCGACCUAAGGGAGCCCAGGGCAAAUUGAAAUACCACUUGAUACAUAUGUUGCGCACCACAGCCAGGAAUAAAACCAAGCUCUCGAGAAACGUAACAUAAUUAGAGAACUAUUAAACCAUCUAACCUAUGAA